CAACAACAACAACAAAUUCGCGUACCUAGCAAAUAAUACGAAAUAGACAAAAAAAUGUUGUCCUAAUGUGGCCAAGUGUCGCGUCUUCCGUUUCCAUGGCAACCAUAGAUUAGUAAAAAUGGCAGUGAAGUGUGGAUUGUUAUGGGGGUUGUGGAUUUGUAAAUAAUGGGUAUUUGAAGUGUCUUUUACGACGUUGUAAGAAAGCUGGAGUAUAAGGGUUAUAAAGAGAAUGGAGUUCGAAAGUCCAGAUGUAGAAAAGGAUUUUCCAGGUCUAUAUGCUUCAGAAUCUGGAAAGAAGAGCAACGAAAGUGAUUUCAGUGAUGAUGCCCAUGACCGGCCUUCUAAAAAGGACCUACUCAUUGGCAAACGUAAGGACAAAAAGGAUUCAAAGAAAGACAGAGGUUAUGCAGCUUUGGAAGGCGAGAGCUCUCCUGAAGAAGACCCAGAAAUGAAGAGUCCUUCAAAGUCAAAAAAAUCCAAAUCAUUCAAGUUUCCAAGCAAGAAAGAGAAAAGAGAAAAAUCAAGAGAAAAGGAUGCUAAAGAAAAGGAGAAAGAAGUUGAGAAGGAAAAGAAGAAAGAAAAGGAUGGAAAAGUUAAAUUAAAACUAAAAGAACGGAAGAAAUCAAAACAUAUGGAAGAUUCUACAGAAGUUGCAGAUGAACAGCCAGUCUUUGGUGUUCCAUUAGAACUUGCUGUUGAGAGAAGCCAUUGUCAUGAUGGUGUAUAUAUUCCUGUCAUCGUGCGUGAUUGUAUCGACUUUGUACAAGAACAUGGCUUGUACACGGAAGGUGUGUACAAAGUAUCAGGCAUCAAGUCCAAGGUGCAACAUCUUAGGCGACUGUACAAUCUCCGUGAAGCUGUUCAGUUGUCAGACUAUGAAUUACCGGUUGUCACAAGUCUUCUUAAACAAUAUCUCAGAGAACUGCCAGAGCCUAUUCUUACCUCAGAGCUUCUGGCAAGGUUUGAAGAGGCUGGAGCUGAAAAAGAAAUGGCAACAAGGGAAUCAGAACUUCAUAAUCUGUUAAUGCAGCUGCCAGCAUGCAACAGACAGCUUCUGGCAUGGAUUAUGCUACAUCUUGAGAACAUAACUGUACAUGAAAAAAACAAUAAGAUGAAUGCGCAAAGUAUAGCUAUCAUCUUAAGUCCAGUUAUCCAGAUGAGCCAUCGACUGCUCACGGCGUUCCUCUGCCAUUGCAACUUCCUCUUCCCAGAUGUGAAGCUGAACAAAUAUGAACCACCACUAACAGCAGGGAGUCCUCUCCCAGACACUCCAACUGGAAUAGCUGAUCAGCUUAGGAAGCAGGAGUCACUUCUCAACCAGAUCCAUAAGGAAAUGAAUGCCGGCUUUGUCUCAAAACGUAAGGAGGAGCAGCUGUGGGAGGUCCAGCGAAUCAUUACCCAGCUCAAGAGGAAGCUAAGAACAGUGCAACGAACACAGGAGAUGAGUCAGAAUCAAAAGAGUCUGGAGGAUGAAUGCAGCUGCAGACCAUAUGAUGACGAAUUCCACAUUGAUCUCACUUUGCAAAAAGCUUCUUCCUGUUCUGAAGAUGACACUGCAGUAGGUACAGUCAGCGCAGCAGAAGUUAAGCCAAUGGCAGAUGACUCAGCACACGAAGUGUUAAAGCCUCCAUCUCCAUCUUCAGCAGAGUUACAGCAGCAGGAACAACCCCAACCACAGCCAUCACAGCAGCAACAGGAAGUCCAACAGCAACCUGCGCCACCUCCGCCACCACCACCACCACCACCGCCGCCGCCACCACCGCCACCGCCACCGCCACUAGCACCAUUACAUGAUGGUGUGGAUAGCCCACAGGAUCCAACAGAGAAAAUUCCAAAACAACAGGUUCAACAGGAUCAACUCCAUUCCCCUAAAGCUCCUCCUGCCGGUGAUAUUGACACUGCUUCACCAAGCAAGAGUGAAGAUUCCAGUGAUGAUGCAGAUGUGACUGAGGUCUUAGAGCAGGCAUCUACAAGUGACAACCCUCUAGGACAAGAAGAAGAGUUGCAAGGACUCUUACAAGAAGAAAAACUUUUGCUGUUGGAGCAUCAGGAAUUGCUAAGCCUUCAGGCAGAUCUGCAAGGGAGAGUCCAAGAGGAACGGACUGAGAUAAAGAGGUUGAGAACAGAGCUGGCAACUGCAAGAUCCCAAUACAGUUACAGGGGAUUUGAUGAAAACAGUUCAGAAGGUAGCAGUUCACCAUCACACUCGGAAUGUAGUGAUGUGGAUGAUCCUUUGCUGGGCAUACGUAUUGCAGAACUGCAACGUGAUAAUCAGUUAUUGCAGGAAAAGAAAUCUACUCUUGUGCGUCGCAUCAUGGAGGAGCGAGAGGCAUGCCUGCACCUUCGUGUCCAACUCAGCUUGCUCCAUCUCUCACAAGAAUCUAAACAGUUAUGAGUUCGAUUCGUGUUCCAAAAGUGUCAACUUCUUAAAUUUUGUUAAUCUUUACUGUGUUUAAUGUUUUCAUCACUUACUUGGAAAUUGAUGUGUCAUGUAUCAUAUCUGUAGUCUCUGCCUAUAAUUUACUUUGAUAAUAUGUGUUAUUGAGAGAUACCAGUAGUCAGCAGUGUACAGAGUUAAAUAAGGGAUUUGUCUGGUAUUCAGAUAGAGGUGCCAUUCCCAUAUCUUAUCAUGUAAUACUUCAAAUCAAACACACAACUUAGUCAUGCAUGAUCAGAAAGUGGAUGUGAUACAAGGAAGAGUGAAGAACUUUGCAGAGAGAUAUAAAGUCUUCACCUGUGACGUUAGAGAACUGUUCAUAAUGUUAAAGUGUACACAGUGUAUUAAACGCUUCUGUUAAUAUAUUGUUGUUACUACUACUA